UGUCUGGUAGAUUUAACCCAAUUGUUUGACACUUGGUCAUAUUAUAUUAAUUUCUCUUCGCUAUCAAAAUAUUUAACAGAAACUUAUUCGGCUAAAAAUGGCAACUUUAAGUAAUGAUGAGGACGUAUUACAAAUCUGUGCAAGCAAUGAAGAGCUUCUUGACCUAGUAGAUGACUCUAAGCAAGUAAAAUCAGACAUUGUAAUACUCAAAUUUAUUAACAAAAAUGAGAGUAAAAUAAGUUCCUUCAUUGGAUCAAUACAUAAGCUAUUGAGUGAAAAAAAUAUAGUUAUUAAAGGUUUUUACAUUAAAGGAGAACAUACGUGUCUCAUCGAAGUCCUGCUAACCAGUUUUCUUGAAAACUGGCUAGCAACACUGGUCGGAGCUCGUAACAAUUCUCGUAUUUUAAGUGACAAAGCAAAAAAAGGAAUUUUAAGCAAUGCUUUUGGGAAGUUUAGCAUUGUCUUGAUGAAUGAGAUAAUUUAUAUGAUUGUUGUGCCUUAUAUCAAUGAUAAACUAAUCGACUGCCAAUCCUCUCAUUAUCCAUACGGUCUCUGUAAUGGAAAUAUCAUAAAUCUGAAAGCGAACUGUAUUAGAGAGAAUUCCGAAUUAGUAAUCCAAAAGAUCGUCAAUGAACUUACAAAUGGAGUGAAAUUUGAGAAAAUCGAGGGAGUCAGAGUUGAAAAUUCAUCUCUAACGGAACUGUCAGUUCGUUUUAUAGUUAAGACUCAGCAUAUGACAGACAGUUUAAUCAGGUCUUUAAGCUUAGUAUUCGGCUCAUUGACUUUCUGUCCCUCAACACUUCAUUUUAUUCCGGAGAUUCAGACCUGCAAAUACUCCAAAGCUAUAAACAGCUCUCUGAACGCAAAGCAGUUUUGGACAGCCUUGACUGAGAUGGAUGUUUUGAUCUGCAAUUGUAAUGAGCAAGCUCUGGCAAUCAGGAGAAAAAGUCCAAAAUCUGUGACUUUGACUAAUCCAACUGGCCGUAUCAACUUUGCUCCCUCAUCAUCAUCAGCUUCUAUCAGCACAUCUAUCUUCGAUAGACUUGGACCGAGAAUAAAUCCCCGGCGCCUACUCGAAUCAACUGAUCCACAUACAAUCACAAGCUCCUAUAGAAAUUUAAGAAUCACUGCUCGAUUUAAUACGUCAUCCUCUGUGUCAGCCUCGAAAGUUAGAUCUGGGCAAAGAAACUAAGCCAAUCAACUCUUAUUUUUGAAAUCAAUCAUCAGUUCUAAUGAAAUACUUAAAUCUCUGAAUUUAUGAAAUAAUAAUUAAUUAUUUUUUUUUUUAGAUUGAAUCUCUUUUUGGAACUAUGCAAUAAUUAUUAUUUUUUUUUUUUUAUUUUUAUUUGUUCUCUAUGAUAUUUACAACCGG